UGCGCAGCCUUAGAGCGCUGCAGCCUUGCCAGCUUGCCCUGGCGCUGCGCACUUGCCAGCCAGUCCGCCCGUCUGGAGCCCGGCUCACUGGGGCAGCAUGGCGGGGUCGCCGCUGCUCCGGGGGCCGCGGGCCGGGGGCGUCGGCCUUUUGGUGCUGCUCCUGUUGGGCCUCUUCCGGCCACCCCACGGGCUCUGCGCGCGGCUGGUAAAGGAGCCCCGCGGCCUGACCGUCGCGUCCCCACCCAUAGCUGAGGCUGCGGCUCCCCGCCGCUUCCGACGGGCGGUGCCCAGAGGAGAGGCGGCGGGUGCUGUGCAGGAGCUGGCGCGGGCGCUGGCGCACCUGCUGGAGGCUGAACGGCAGGAGCGGGCGCGGGCAGAGGCGCAGGAGGCUGAGGAUCAGCAAGCGCGCGUCCUGGCGCAGCUGCUGCGCAUCUGGGGCGCUCCCCGCGCCUCAGACCCAGCUCUGGGCCUGGACGACGACCCAGACGCGCCCGCUGCGCAGCUCGCCCGUGCCCUGCUCCGUGCGCGUCUUGACCCUGCAGCCCUUGCAGCUCAGCUUGUCCCUGCGCCCGCCCCAGCCUCUGCUCUCCGAUCCCGGCCCCCGAUCUACGACGAUGGCCCCCCGGGCCCAGAUGUCGAGGACACUGGCGAUGAGACUCCUGACGUGGACCCCGAGCUGCUGAGGUACUUGCUGGGACGGAUCCUCGCAGGAAACGCAGACUCUGAGGCUGUGGCUGCCCCACGCCGCCUUCGCCGUGCGGCCGACCAGGAUGUGGGCCCUGAGGUGCCCCCUGAGGGUGUGCUGGGGGCUCUGCUACGCGUGAAACGCCUGGAGACCCCGGCUCCCCAGGCACCCACGCGCCGCCUCCUGCCUCCCUAGCGUCUCCCGGAUUCCACACGCCCUAGGACCCGGAGCUACUCCGUGUGCCACCUCACCAUUCAGGCUGCUCUCCGCCAGUACGUCCAAAGCAGCUUGCCCAAGUGGCCAGCCGCUGUGGCUGCCCUCUGACCCCAAGGUCCCCACCCUCUAGCCCCACAAUAAACACGAUCUGAAGCAG